AUGGCGUGGCUGCUCUGCUUCACCUGCAUCCUGGUCUGCUGCCCAGAGCUGCUGCUUGGCAAAGCUUCAGAGUACCAGCUGGAGUCAGAGACCCUGAGCCGAUGUGAGCUGCUGAGGGGCGCAGCUGUUGCCAAGCAACAAGAUGGCGUCCCUCACUGUACAGAGGAUGGCCGGUUCAGACCUGUGCAGUGCAGUGGGCGAGGUCAGGAGUGUUGGUGUGUUGAUGCUGAAGGUCAGGAGGUCAUCGGGACUCGAACCAACAGCUCUGCUCCUCACUGUCCGUCUCCCUGCCAGCUGCAGUCGGUUCUGCAGUGUUCUCCUUCAGGCCUCUUUGAGUCGGUUCAGUGUGACUCCAGCAGGGGGCAGUGUUGGUGUGUGGAUCAGGACGGCAUGGAGCUGUACGGGACCCGGCAGGCUGGGAGACCUCAGCGCUGCCCUGGCAGCUGUGAGGUGAGGGAGAGGCGGCUCCUCCACGGCUUCGGGUCUCCUUCUCCUCCUCAGUGUGCAGCAGACGGCAGCUUCCUCCCUGUUCAGUGUAAAUUCAUCAACAUGACAGACAGAACGGAGCUGGACCUGCUGCACGCCUUCAGCAGGUUCCCAGAAGCCUUUGAGACGUUCAGCAGUUUCCGAAGGUUUUUCCCGAUGGUUUCCUCGUACUGUUUCUGUUCAGAUAGCCGAGGCCGAGAGCUGGAGGACACAGGUGUGGAGCUCCUCCUGUCUGAGGUGUAUGACUCUGCGUUCUCUGGUCUUCGCUCCGGUCGCUCCUUCUCUCAGACCAACAUCUACAGAGUCCUGCAGAGGAGGAUGCUGGGAGUGCGCCUCGCCCUCACCGGACACUUCAGAUGUCCCUCUCCCUGUGAAGAGGAGCGAAGGGCAGCAGUGGAGGCGUCCAGUGUUUUCAUCCCGUCCUGUGAGACUGGAGGAUCCUUCGCUUCCAAACAGUGUCAGCAGGGGGGGCAGUGCUGGUGUGUUGACCCCACAGGCCGAGAGCUUCCUGGGACACGACAGCACGGAGACUCCCUGGUCUGCAGUUCAGGUCUUGCUGACUGUCUCUCUCAGCGUCGUCUGGCUCUGUCCCAGCUCUUCUCUGGUCCUGUUGAUCCUCCUCUCUUUGACGCCUCGUCUGGCAGAUCUCCUGCCUCCUGUCUGUCCCUCCUCCGUCCUCUUAGGGACCUCCUGCCGGUGGAGGCGGAUCCAUCCUCCUUCCUGUCCAACCUGGUAAAGGUUCUCCAGGGUCUCUUCCCAUCUGUGGGCGGAGCCCUGCAGGCUCUGGCUCACUCCUCCCCCCCUCGCCUUCAGGAGAACCUGUUCGGAGGGAAGUUUUUGAAGAACGCUGCAGACUUUAACUUCAGCGGGGCGGUGGGAGCUCGAGGAGCUCUCGGCCUGGACAGGCUCUCAUCUCAGAGUGUCACUGUCAGCCUCCAGAAGAACCGGCACCUAGUCCAGUUUGCCAGGAGAGCCCUGGAGGACCCUGCCUUCCUCUCCGCCCUCCAGUACACACUUAGAGGACUCAGCAGCUCACACUCCACCUCACUGGAACAGGCUCUGACUCCUCUGCUACGCUCCUGCUCCGGUGAGGAGGAGGAGGAGGAGGAGGAUGCAGCGGCCAUCUUUGUUCCCAGCUGCACGCCCCGCGGUGGUUUCCAGGAGGUUCAGUGUCAGGGUGGAGAGUGCUGGUGUGUCGAUCCUCAGGGUCUGGAGGUCCCAAGGUCGCGGACCUCGGGUCGCCGGCCUCGUUGUCCGUCCCGCUGUGAGAAAAAGCGAGCAAUGGCGCUGAAGAUGAAAGGAAACAUGGCGGCGGGCGCUGAAAUCCACAUCCCAGCAUGCUCGGAGGAUGGAGAGUUUCUGCCGCUGCAGUGUGUCGGGCCACGCUGCUUCUGUGUGGACGCUGAGGGAAAAACAAUGACUGCUGGGCCAUUAGGGGGCGCUGUCACCUGUCCAGAGAGAACCACGCCGAAGCUUCAGUCGUCUGCAGGUGGGUGCUCUCAGGUGUUGGCUGAGGUCACAGCGUUCAGGGAGCAGGUGAAGAGCGUCAUCGCUCUCUCUAACUCCUCACACCUUCCUCUGGGAUAUGGAUUCCUGUUGGCUGAAGGUCUGCGUCUCACCUCCGAGGAGCUUCAGAUCAGCCAGUCAGAGGAGGAAAUGCAAAUUUCUGAUAGGCUGCUGAGCCGGUCCAAAGCUGCUCUGCAAUUGGCUGCUUACUCCACUGUCCAGAUGUUCCUGCCUCCUCGGCGUCGAUCUUACCAGCCGUUCACUCCACAGUGUGACGCUGACGGACGCUGGCUGCACACACAGUGUUACCACAGCACAGGUCAGUGUUGGUGUGUUGAUGAAGAUGGGGAGUACGUCGCUGAUUCUCUGACCAGCCGCUCACUCAGCCUGCCAAAAUGUCUGACUCGCUGUCAGAGAGAUCAGGCUCACACUCUGAUCUCUGGUUGGAUGAAAGGCUCUGACCUCACCACCUCAUCUUACCGCCCAGAGUGUGAGGAGGACGGUCGUUACUCUGUGCUGCAGACAGGAGGCGCUGCAGGCUGGUGUGUGAACCCUGUGACCGGAGAGACGAUACAGACGGCAACACCAAACACUGCAGGACAGCUGACAUGUCCCAGCUGGUGUGAGCUGCAGGGUCUCCAGUGUCGCCCCGACGGCUCUUUCAUCCCGCUGCAGUGUGAUGUCACUUCCUGUUGGUGUGUCUCUGUGGGUGGACAGGAAGUGGGUGGGACCAGGACGCCCCGACAGACAGGACAGACACCAUCCUGUGACCGUCCUCUUUGUCCCGCCCCCGUCAUUACCCAUGGUGCACUAGUCUGCCGCCCGGCCACCGAUGGCCGUCAGAGCUGUGAUCUCGUCUGUCACCAUGGUUACCACAACGCACUACCUGUCAGCGGCUUCCUGUGUGAGACCGAGAGUCGGCAGUGGGACGGAGCCAACAAACCGCUGAGUGGAGCCUGUCAGAUCUCUCAGCCUCUGCAGACGGUGUCGUACUCUCAGCUCUGGCUCGUGUCGUCUUCCUGCUCUCAGAUCAGCACUUUACAGUCUCUGUUGUUCAGCUCGAUGAGCAGCAGGGGGCUCUGCUCCGCACAGCUUCCCGUGUCGGGCCGCUCGGUGUUGGUGUGUGACGACUCGUCGGUGCGUCUGCAGUGUGAAGGUGACGGAUCACUCAAAUUAACAGUGGAAUGGACCGCCGCCCUGUCUGACCUCCCGACCUCUGACCUCCCCGACCUCCACGACAUUGGUCUGUUCCUGAACGAGUCCAGACUUCUGGAAGGAGUUCGGGGACUUCUGGCCAACAUCCGGUCCACGUUCACAUCAGAGCCAAAACUGGUUUCCAUGACGACCCCAAGCUUCGGCUGUUCCCGUGGUUACCACCUGGCCAGAGACAGAGAAGGCUGUGUCGUUUGUCCUGCAGGGAGUUUCGCUAGCGAGGGGGCGUGUCUUCUGUGUCCUCAGGGAACCUAUCAGGAUGAAGAGGGGCGGGACUUCUGCAACAGGUGUCCCAGAGGUUCCUCACCUGCUGGAGCAUCAUCUGUCCGUCAAUGUGUGACAGAGUGUCAGAGGCGGGGUCUGCGGUGUUCGGGGCGCGGCGACUUCCUGUCAGCACAGCCUGACUUCCUGUCUGGCAGGUGGAGGUGUUUCAGCCGCGAGGGGGCGGAGCUUGAGUGGACCAACAGUGACAAAGCUCUGACUGAUGAGGAGUGCUCAGUUCUCAGCAGGUUUCAGGCUGUUCCUGGAUCAGAUCUGAUUGUUGGAGCUGAAGACACAGAAGUCCUGCAGACGAUGACCUCUGACCUCAAAACAUGUGUCCAAGCGUGUGCAGUGGAGCCGUCCUGCCACCACGUGGCGCUGUUAAACAGACAGACUCAGUGUGAACUUUACAGCACACACACACUGAACACACACUGCAACACCUCCCAGCAGACCAGUGGGUUUCUGGGUAAUCCUCAGGCCGAGCUGUUUGAUUGGUUGAGCUGUUCUUUGCGAGUGAGGGGCGGAGCUUCAGAUCUGCUGGUCAUCAGGAAGAAAGGGGCAGAAUUUUCCUCGCAGCAACAGCAGCAGAGCUUUGUGAGGAUGAGGAUGAUGAAGGUGGUCUCAGGUGUGUUCAGGACUCAGGUGUUCUCCUCCAGACGGACCUCUCUGACCGAUGCUCAUCGUUUCUGUCAGGACGGCUGCAGCCGCGACACCUGCUGCGACGGAUUCAUCCUCAACCAGAACAGCCUGAACGGAGGUUCUGUCCUCUGUGGUUGGCUCAGAGCUCCGUCAGUCUUGAUGUGUGGAGACCAGGACUGGGAUGUGAUUGGACAGGGGACAGCCAAUCGUAUCUGUGGGGCGGGGCUAACCUACAACGAGCAGCAGAGGAGCUUCGUGUUGGACUUCGGAGGACAAGCGUUCACCAUCACUGAUUCUGCUCUGCCGGCCGACAGCAAGAACAAGAAGGACUACCAGGCCUCCAUCAUCAGCUUCCAGGCUGCCUACCUGAGCACAGGUGCAGAUUCAGCAGCUUCUGGUUCUGGUUCUUCUCCCUGUGCAGCAGCAGAGCUCGGUCCUCCUCUGGACGUGUCGGUGCAGCAGAAGUUUGAGUCUCUGUCAGAAGAUGACGUCCUCGUGGAUCCUCAGAGGAAACUCUCGGCUCUCUCCUUCUGGCUCAACAAGAAGAACUUCAACUCCCAGCAGGCACUGCUCUGGUGUCUCACACGCUGUGACGUCGAGCUGCUCUGCUCCGUCGCUGACCUCAGAGACGCAGACUCCGCGGGUUUCUUCAGCUGCUCGUUGUUUCCGGACAGCAGAGUUUGUGGAGCGUACGACAAACCGCUGAGACGACCCUGCCGCCCCCUGCUGGACAGAACGCCCGGCAACACCUACAGCAAGAAGGUGGAUCUGUCCGGACCAGUGAGGAGUUUCUACAGCAGAGUUUCCUUCCAGAAGAUGGUUUCUUACUCUGUCCGCAGCCGAGUCAGCGUGGGAGAAAACAAACCACUGACUGAGGGGUUCAUGGAGUGUGAGCGGCGUUGUGAUGAGGAUCCUUGUUGCCGUGGUAUCGGAUUUGUCCGAGACACCAAAUCACCAGGCGGGUCAGACGUGGUGUGUCUGUCUUUGAUCAGUCUCGGGAUUCAGACCUGUGGUGAAGACGACGGGACGACCUGGAGGACUCAGGACUGCAGACCUUCAGUGGUGAAGACCACACCAGACCCGUUUGGCUGGUACCAGAAACCUGUGAAUCAGUGGACUUCGUCUCCUGCUCUCUGUCCUCCAUUUAAUCUGCCACCAACUACACGCAACGUGUCUCUGGACGAGUGGCGUGUCCUCUCUGACUCAUCUGUCCUGGUCGACCCAUCUGUCUCUACAUAUGAUGUCAUCCACGUGAGCCGUGACAUCGCCACCAACCGGGACAAGACCAGGGACUGGUGUCUCCAUGCCUGCCAGGAGGCGGAGUCUUGUGUCGCUGUGUCACUGAGUGAGACAGAGUCUGCCACCCGCUGCGUCCUCUACCCCGACACCACAGCUUGUGGAUUAAGCUCUGCCCCCGGUUCCUCCAGACCCGCCUCCUCCUGCAGGCUGGUCAUCAGAGAGCCCGCCCCCCAGGUGUACCUGAGGAUAGAGCGGUUGCCCCCUGCUACGACCAUCUCCAUCCCGGGUCACGGCAUCCUGCAGGGCGUUGCCGUGGAAACGACCUUGGGCUCAAACCAGAGGACAGUCCUUCAGUUUCUGGGAGUCCCAUAUGCCCGUCCACCGACAGGAUCGCUCCGCUUUGAAGACGCUCAGCCGGCUAAUUGGACGGGAACCUGGGACGCAACCAAACCACGUCCCAGUUGUGUCCAGCCUGGUGAUGUGGAGUCUUCAGCCUCCAGAGAGGACUGUCUCUACCUCAACAUCUUCAGUCCUGCUGCUGUGAGGGGGCGUGUCCCAGUCCUGGUCUUCUUCUUCAACCCCUCAUCCAAUCAGAGCCCAGGACUGCUGGAUGGCUCCACCCUUGCUGCUGUGGGUAAUAUCAUCAUAGUAACGGCAAACUACCGGACGGCGGCGCUGGGAUUCCUGAGCACGGGUGAGUCAGGUCUCCGUGGUAACUAUGGUUUGUCGGACCAGGAGGCGGUGCUUCGCUGGGUUAACGCGCACAUCUCCCUGGUGGGCGGAGACAACGGGAGAGUGGCGGUGGGGGCGGAGCGUCGUGGUGCUGACAUCACCAGCCUUCACCUCCUCUCCUCGUCUCCUCCUCUGUUCCAGCGGAUGAUGCUGAUGGGCGGUUCAGUGUUUUCUCCGUCACUGGUUCAGUCUCCCUCCGCCUCCAGACGUCAGGCGGUCGAUCUGGGCACAGAGCUCGGCUGUGUGACCUCUGACCUCAUCGCCUGCCUCAGAGCAACGCCCGUUCACAAGCUCAACGCCGCUCAGACCAAGCUGCUGGCAGUCAGCGGUCCGUUCCAGUCCUGGUCUCCUGUCCUUCGGUCUGUCUCCCGGUCGUCCUUCUACAGAGUGGAUCUACUGCUGGGAACAUCGGAGCACGACGGGUUGAUCGGUCGAGCUCGCAGGAUAAAGGACUUCGAGGCUCUUCAGGGUCGAGCUGACGGUAAAACGGCGUUUUAUGAGGCUCUGAGUCGCUCGCUGGGCGGAGACAAAGGAGAUGACCUGCUGAAGGAGGCGGCGGCCUGGUUCUACUCUCUGGAUCACAGCCCCUCACCUGCCGGAUACAACCUGUUCUCCAGAGCGCUCAACAAUGCCACCAGAGAUCUGUUCAUCAUCUGUCCCAGUCUGAGGAUGGCUAGCCACUGGGCUAACAGCAAAGCUAACGUCUUCCUGUAUCACCAGCCCGCCACCAGCGCUCACGACAGGGCCGACGUAUUUGUUCCUCUGGACGUUCAGUUGGUGUUUGGGACUCCUCAUCAUCCAAUCAGCUCUCAGCGUUUCACCUCCUCUGAUCGACGCCUCUCUCUGGCCAUGAUGACCUACGUCUCCAGCUUCGUCAGGACGGGGAACCCAAACCCGUCUCCAGUGUGGGGGGAUUCAGUUCUGCCCCGCUGGAAGCUGGUCCGGCCCUCUGAGGCCCCACCCACCUACCUGGAGCUUAGCCCCGCCCUUGUCCAUCAGCAGGGUCUGAGCCAGAGAUCCUGCUCUUUCUGGGACCACCUGGGAACCAGACUGAGUGGUUCGACAGGUGAGUUGGGGGCGGGGCCUGUCCAACCUGCACUGACCCCUGAGCUCCCAGUGGCUGCACCAUCCAGCCAAUCGCAGACUGAGAAAGACGCCUACAGUUAAACGAAUGGCAUCGCAGCUUCCUGCCUCCAGAUUCACUCUGAUUCUAACAGUGAAGAAAAUAAAAACUGAUUUUAUUCCAAAUGAUCAAUAAAAAGCAUUUUAAACUCUGA